UGUUAGAAAAUAUUUGACAAUUACUGUAUGAUAUUUUGUGAAACCAAAGUUCACAAAAGUCUAAGUCUUGGAGUGACUUUAUUGUGAGCUUUAAUAAUAAGUAAUGGCCAUUGAUUUUAGCGAUUGGGAUAAACAGUGCGAUGACUUGACAUCCAAUAAGGAUAAGCUGUUGAAAGAAAUGACAGCAAAUCUUCAAAAAGAAGAAUCAAUUGAUGUCUUGUAUCGGAUGGCAAAAGUGUGGCUCUUUUUGGCCAAAAAAGCACAGAAAGAAGGAAACAACGAAAUGUUGAAAAGUAGAGCAGAGAAAGCCUAUGAAUAUGCAGACAAAGCCUGUAAGGCUGACCCAAACAACUUCGAGUGCCAUAAAUGGAUGUGCGCUUCAUUGGGUUUGUUGGCUAAUACUAGUGCUUCAAAAGAAAAGAUUAAAUACGGACAUCAAUUCAAAGAACACGCAGAUAUCGCACUCAAACUCAAACCUGAUGACCAGUUUAUCCAAUCAAUGUAUGGCCAGUGGUGUUAUAAUGUGGCGACAUUGGGUUGGCUCGAGAGAAAAAUUGGCGAAAAACUAUACGGAAAAAUACCGACCGCUACUUAUAAGGACGCUUUAAAUGCUUUCAAAAAAGUACAUGAAUUGAAUGCUGAAGCAAAGGAUAACCACUUAUGGAUGGCUCGCACUCUCAUUGCCGACAAUAACAGAACAGAAGCCAAACAAUGGAUACAAAGAGGUUUGACACUCAAAAACCAAACCAUUGCCGAUGAGUUGGCACACAAAGAAUUAGAAGAAUUGAAAAAUAAAUAUUGCAAAUAAAUUGAAUAACAUU